AUGCAAAAUCAAAUGGAGUGGGAUAGUGAUUCCGAUCUAAGCGGCGAAGAUGAAGUAGCAGAUGAUGGAUGGUUCGGCGGAGAUAACGGACCGAUUCCUUUUCCGGUGAGUAGUCUUCCCGGAACAGCACCGUGUGGUUUUGUGGUCAGCGAUGCUCUUGAGCCUGACCAACCUAUCAUUUAUGUAAACACCGUCUUUGAGAUUGUUACUGGGUAUCGAGCUGAGGAAGUUAUUGGUAGAAAUUGUCGGUUUUUGCAGUGUAGAGGGCCAUAUGCUAAAAGAAGGCAUUCAUUGGUAGAUUCUACGGUUGUAGCAAAGAUGCGUCAAUGUCUUGAGAACGGCCUCGAGUUUCAAGGCGAGUUGUUGAACUUCCGGAAAGAUGGGUCUCCUUUGAUGAACAAGCUGCGUCUAGUCCCUAUCCGUGAAGAAGACGAAAUCACUCAUUUCAUAGGUGUUCUAUUCUUCACAGACGCAAAGAUUGAUCUUGGCCCAUCUCCUGGUUUGUUUGCAAACGAAAUCCCAAGAACAUCUCGCUCAUUUUCAUCUGCUUUACCAAUUGGAGAGCGUAAUGUUUCUCGUGUGCUCUGUGGGAUAUUUGAGCUGAGCGAUGAGGUUAUAGCUCUCAAGAUAUUGUCACAGUUGACUCCUCGUGAUAUUGCAUCGGUUGGUUGUGUGUGUCAGCGGCUCAAUGAGUUGACAAAGAAUGAUGAUGUAUGGAGAAUGGUCUGUCAAAACACAUGGGGGACCGAGGCAACACGAGUUCUCGAGAGUGUUCCUGGUGCAAAGAGGAUCGGUUGGGUGCGACUGGCUCGAGAGUUUACCACUCAUGAAGCAACGGCGUGGAGGAAGUUUUCGGUUGGAGGUACUGUUGAGCCUUCCCGGUGUAAUUUUAGCGCAUGUGCGGUUGGGAACAAGAUUGUUAUCUUUGGCGGGGAAGGUGUGAAUAUGCAACCGAUGAAUGAUACAUUUGUGUUGGACCUAGGCUCGAGUUGUCCCGAGUGGAAAUCCGUUCUGGUUAGCUCUCCUCCUCCGGGUCGCUGGGGUCACACGCUUUCUUGUGUCAACGGAUCCCGGUUAGUAGUUUUUGGAGGUUACGGGAGCCACGGAUUACUCAACGAUGUCUUCUUAUUAGACCUUGAAGCAGACCCACCAACAUGGAAAGAAGUAUCCGGUUUGGCCCCUCCAAUACCAAGAUCGUGGCACAGCUCAUGCACACUCGAUGGAACCAAGCUGAUUGUAUCCGGUGGUUGUGCUGAUUCCGGAGCUCUACUCAGCGAUACAUUCCUGCUUGACAUGUCAAUGGAUAUACCAACUUGGAGGGAGAUACCGGUUCCAUGGUCUCCUCCAUCUCGCCUCGGACACACUCUAACCGUCUAUGGUGACCGCAAGAUCCUCAUGUUUGGUGGUCUUGCGAAAUCCGGUUCUCUCAGAUUCCGCUCUAACGAUGUAUACACGAUGGAUCUUAGCGAAGAUGAACCGUGUUGGAGACCUGUGAUUGGGUAUGGAUCUAGCCUUCCGGGAGGCAUGGCAGCUCCACCACCGAGGCUAGAUCAUGUUGCGAUAAGCCUUCCCGGGGGUAGAAUAUUGAUCUUUGGUGGUUCGGUUGCAGGGCUUGACUCGGCUUCUCAGCUUUAUCUUCUUGAUCCAACAGAGGAGCAACCAGCAUGGAGAAUAUUGAAUGUUAAGGGAAGCCCACCGCGGUUUGCCUGGGGACACACAACUUGUGUGGUCGGAGGAACUCGGUUGGUCGUCUUAGGUGGGCAAACCGGAGAAGAGUGGAUGCUAAAUGAAGCUCAUGAACUGUUAUUAGCUACCUCUACUACUACAAUCACCUCAUCAAGACAUGCAGAGAAGAGAGUGUUUUGA